AUGAGCGCAUCAAGGGGGUACCCCUUAACCGUUUGCGAUGAACGUAAUAGAUUUAAUCUGAUCAUGCCGACCUUAGAUGCGGAUAUCAUCCUCUGGUGUAUUGGACAGUAUUAUACUCUGAAAGAUGCCACUGGGUGCAAGCACAUGUUUUGGCAACCAAAUAAUAAGUCAAACGUCCAAAUAUUGCUUAAUAGUCAAGAUUAUGGUCGCUUAUUUAAGUAUUUGCAAUCUGAAAAAAAGUGUACAAUUUACAUUGGAGAAGAAGCGAUCAGAAAUUACGGAUUAACUAUUUCUACAUACUUUGGAGACUUCUUGGACAAUGUGGUCCUUGAGAAGAAAGAAAACUCAUGUAAAAAGGACUCACAUGAAGGGCCCACGGGGCCAGAGAGAAUUACUUCAGAAUCUGCUCCCGAUGAGCAGAUAAGCUCUCAUCUCACGGCAAAUGUCUUAGUUCCACGAGAAACCUUGGACAGAUUCACAGAACAGCUAUUCAAAUUGGAAGAAUCUCUAAAUGACAUGGAACUCAAACAAAAGUCCACUGCGCUUGCAGACAAGAAGCUUGACCAAAAAAUAUGUGGCACAAUUGAUAUACCGGAAGAUAACCCCGAAUUGGUGAGUUUCUUCACGGAAUUGAAAACAGUCAAACAACUUGAGAACGUAUUUCAACGUUAUCGUGACUAUGAGAGCUUACUAGCAAAAUGCUGUGCGGAAACGGAAAGGGAAACUACCAAGGACCUCUUGAAAGAAGAAAUCGCGGUUUCUAAAAAUGCUGAGGUGUCAGAACGCUUAGAUGACCGUUCGCUGCAAGUUACAGUGAAUUUUAGAGACGGUUCGUUGUAUUUUCAUUUGUACAACAACACUAAUUCCGUACUGGCAGGCAACUGCAAACUAAAAUUCACUAAUGAUAACGAUAAGCCGACCACACGAAUUAUUGAAAUGGGUCCUCAUGAAAUAGGAAUUAAGGAACACAAGGAGUUGCGGUACUUUCCCUACACACCUGAACUGAUAACUUCUUCCACGAUCGCAAUAGAGAACGAGUAUGAGGAAGUGAUAUUUGUGGGUAAACAUGGUAGAUCUCCAAGGGUCAGCCUAAAACCACCUUCAAGAUUGUCUGUGGAGAGUUUGCAGGCAUCCCAAGAUCACUUUUACGACUUUCGAAUCGACUCACUCCCAGAACUAGAUGACUCCAGUAUCAUAAGCACGUCUAUAUCACUUUCUUGUGAGGAUGACGACUGCGGGAAGGCGAUGACCUGGGAAGAGCUAUAG